CUCUCUCUCUCUCUCUCUCUCUAAAAUUCGAAGAAAUUGAAACACUCACAGAAACCGUUUGUCUCAAUUCACAGAUCGACCUCUUCGCUGAUCACAUAGGGUUUGAGGUAAAUAAUCACAAGGCAAUUCGACUCUCAAAGGACGUUUCAAAUCAAGCUAAUGAAGCUGAAGAUCAACAAAGUUUCUGAUCUCAGCUCCAUCUCGGUCCUUCCUCCUCACGCGAGGAGAUCAAAUGCUGUACCGACUGGACCGCAAGCAUCACAGCUUCAAUCUCAAGCAUCACAGCAAUCAUUUUCGCAGGGAAUUUCAUCUCAGCAUGGCAUGUUUUCUCAGCUCUCUCAGAACUCUCUCAAUGAGUUUCUGACAAAUGAUCAGAGAUUUGGUUCUCAAGAACGAGAGAACUCUGUGAGGAAGAUUUCUUGCUUGCCCCCACUAAGUUGUACACGAGAAGAUAGUCUAAUGCCAAUCUCAAGAUCUUCAGGCAAUCUGAUCCGCAAGUGGAAUUCUGCUUCUGUUCCAGAUCAUAGAUGUCAGAGUAGUGAAGAACUAGAACAUCGAAUUGGAUUGAUGGAAACUUCAUUAAGCAGGUUAGGAAUGAUAUUGGAUUCUCUUCAGAGCGAUGUCAUGCAAGUUAACAGAGGAACAAAAGAAGUUUCACUGGAGAUGGAAGGCAUACGGCAGAAGUUGAUUCUUCAUGAUAGCUUACUGCACUUGAUGAUCAAGGGACAAGAAGAUAUCAAAGCUAGCCUUGCUGGGGGCUUCAGGUCGAUAUCUGAUCAGCUAAGCAAAGAUAUACAUCAAGACAAGUUACAGGAGAUUUGCUUGCUGAUGUCAGCUUUUCCACAGCAGAUGGAAGCAUCUAUACUGCAAUUACAGGAUAAGCUCAGCAAAACCCUCGCCAAAGAAAUGCAAGCAAUAGCUUGCAGGGUGAAGACUCCUAACCAGAAAGAUCCAGCACCCUCCAUCAUUCUACCGGAGGGUGCUGACCACCAUGCUACUCCACAGAGAUAUGCGCAGCCUCCUAGGAAUUCUGCAGUGCCGCCAAAGGUCUGUGUGCAAGCAACUGUAGUUCCAACUCCAAGGGUAGAAACAGGAGGUUGGAAGACGGUAAAAGCUGAAAAAAUGAUUGCCAAGGAUAGGGCACCCAGCAAGGUGCAGAAACAAAACGGAUUUUCUUCCCUCAAACAGGAAACAAGUUGUAGGAUUAACAUUGAAUCAGAUGAGGAGAUGGAUGGAGAUUUUUCCUGCUUGCUUGAAGAGAAGGAAACAGGUAAACAUGGAACCUCAUAUUUUUAACUAGACAUCUUUUGUCUUGAGAUCCCGGCAUUCUGAAAAUGGAGAGACAAGAUACAACUCUACAUUAAGUAUUCAAAACUAGAAAACAUUUUAUUUACCAUAGCUGUACCCAAAAGGCUUACUGAGAGAGUUAUUGGGUACUACUUGAAAGCAGAUGCACAUUUCAGUGGGUCUCAAAAAUCAUUUUACUCAUGCGAAGACUACUUUUUCGUUUAUAACCCUAUUUAGGAAUAAUGUAUAUAAAUGUUCGCUUUGUUGAAACAAUGAGCCAUGCUAUCAUCAGUUGACCUCAGCAUCUAGCCGAUAUACUAUUUACUUAACGUCCUCAUGAUCUUUUUUCUUUUUUCUUUCAACUGACUUUAUUUGGAUUACAGAUAUUGCUGUGAAUAUGACCAUUAUUUUAUUUUCAAACUUUGCCUCAUCCUAAUUGCUUCCUUGGGGAGGAAUAGGAAAGUGUUUGGUGGAGGAGGUAAAGGAAGAGACUGCACGGAUUUUGAAGAAAGCGAGGAGGCAAAAGAGAAAAUCCUGUAAUCCAAUAAUUA